GAUAACUAGUUACCGUAAGGUAAUCUUUCCGCAUGAUCUCGGAGAUGUUCUUGGACCAUAUCCAUAAUCCCUGAAAAAGCGAUGACCGAAACUCACCAUGAUCAAUUAUGAGAUCAUUCGAUAUUUCGCAGACAGAACACUGCCAAUCAGACUUUUCGCGUUCUCGAAUUCCCUGAUGAUUAACCAGUCGCUAUCUGAAUUUCAUUCAUUCUGCACUAAUCAACGGGUUAGAAUACAAUCCUGAUAUGGAUAUGGAUAUCAUCGUAUGGGAAGGCUUGUCAGAUGACUGAAUACACAGAAGCCGGCGUCAAAUGGUCCCUCGUGUCUUUGAUUCAAACAACGCAUUCAUAUACUUGCGAUGGAAUGCAUGAUCACCAAAGAAACGAGCCUGGAUAAUCCGAUGUGCACUCCUCAGUCGACUACUCUCAACAAUUCAGCCUAUCUUCCACCCCGAACCCGCUCAACAUCUCUAUAAAACCCCCCCACCACCAUGGACCUCACCCAAACCGCCCUCUCUCCUUCCCCCAUCCCUAAACCCGAAAUCAUCAACCCCACCUCCUUCGGCGCCCGCCCCCCUCCCUCCUCCCCCACCGACCGCCUCGCCGACAUCGACCGCCUCGCCGACAUUGACCACAUGGGUCGCGUCACCCACAGCAGGCACCUCGGCCCCCACCCCAACGCCACCUUCCUCAUCCGCGACGCCGACUCUGGCCACGCACUCACCCUCAUCGAUGGCGAGCCGCUCCUCUCGCCCCCGGACAAGAGCGACCGGUCGUUCCACUGGACGUGCGUGGAGACGAAAGGGUGGCUGGGGUUUCGGAAUGAGGUGAGCGGGUGGUUUCUGGGGCAUGAUGAGGGUUAUUUCCUGCGGUGCGCAGCGGAGUGGCAGGGGGUGUGGGAGGGGUUUAAGGUGAAGGUGAGGCCAGAUGGGGGGUUUGUGUUGCUGGCGGAGCAUGAUGGGGGUUUGUGGUACGUGGGGAUGAAGGUGGAGAAUGGGAUUGAAAGAUUGGAGAAGGUAGGGGAGGGGGAGGAGGGGGGGAUGACGUGGGAGUUUAUUAGAGUUUAAGGGAAGAUGGGCGUUAGAUCGUCGGAGCUGGAUACAUAGAUCGUGACAGAGGAGCGAUCUGGAGCGAUCUGGAGCGAUCUGAACGGCAAUACGGGAAAUGCCACAUACCACUAGAAUGAACCGCGCCGGCAAGCAGUGUCACGAUAUUUCCACUUCCCGUAAACUAGGAGCUAGUUUGGAACAUGCAGAUUGAUUAGAGAAGUUUCAUGAAUUCACUGCUGUUUUCCAUCGCUUGCCUUUACUUCGACCUACUAUUGCCCAGGA